AUGUUUUCCUCAGCAACGGUCUUUGAUAAAGGAUCUUCCAUCCUAGAGAUCAGCUGUUCAGACUCUGUCAGGCUGGUGAAUGGGACUAACCUGUGCUCAGGCAGACUGGAGGUGAAGUCUAACCAGUCGUGGUCCUCAGUGUGUGAGGCAGACUUCGACCUGCAGGAUUCAGAGGUGAUCUGUAGGGAGCUUGGUUGUGGAGGUUCUUCGGUCAUCCAGGCGACGCUGUAUGAGGCUCCAGUGUUGACCAAGGAGUUCCACUGUGGAGGCCAUGAGUCGACUCUCCUGGACUGUGGAAGCUCAGAUAAGGACAUCUGCUCCUCUGGCAAAGCUGUUCAACUCACCUGUUCAGAGCCGGCUGAUGUCAGGUUGGUCGGAGGAGCCAGCCAAUGCACCGGCACUCUGGAGAUGAAACAAUGGGGUGAAUGGAAACCACUGGCGGAGAAGGACUGGAACCUGAGGUCAGCACGUGAUGUGUGCGGACAACUGGACUGUGGCUCUGUUAUUUCAACCAGAAGAAGAGAAGAGACCCCACUUAGACAUAUGUGGCAACUCAAAUCUGACUGUGAUGAAUCUUCGCUGACGAAAUGUUUAAGUAGCCCUGCAUAUUCCUCUUACAUCCUGGAGAUAACCUGCUCAGACUCCAUCCGGCUGCUGAAUGGGACUAACCUGUGCUCAGGCAGACUGGAGGUGAAGUCUAACCAGUCGUGGUCCUCAGUGUGUGAAGAGGACUUCGACCUGCAGGAUGCGAAGGUGGUCUGUAGAGAGCUUGGCUGUGGGGAGCUUUCAGUCUUCAGGGGGGAACUUUAUGGAGAAGUGGACACUGGAUGGAUGAACAUGUUCAAUUGUGAAGGGCAUGAGUCUGCUCUCCUGGACUGUGGACGCUCAGGAUCAACUAGAAACGCCUGCUCAUCUGGCAAAGCUGUUGUACUCGCCUGCUCAGACCUUAAUGAUGUGAGGUUGGUGGGAGGAGCUAGCGACUGCGCCGGUAGACUGGAGAUGAAACACCAAGGAGAGUGGAAAGCGGUGAUUAGUGAUUCCUGGAGUCUGAAGGAAACAGCUAUGAUAUGCAGAUGGCUGGACUGUGGCUCGCCUGUUUCAGCAGUGAAGAGAUGGGAUUCCUCAGAGCGGCCUGCGUGGUACAUCAAACAAUCCUGUGUUCAGUCUACAUCUACAGUGAGGGAGUGUGUGACAACAAGGGACGAUACUAAUUAUGACAUCCUGGAAAUCACCUGCUUAGAGUCUGUCAGGCUGGUGGAUCAAUCUGGUUCCUGUUCAGGCAGAUUGGAAGUGAAGUCUGACCUGUCAUGGUCUUCAGUGUGUGAAGAUGACUUUGACUUGCAGGAUGCAGAGGUGGUAUGUAGGCAACUUGGGUGUGGGGCACCUUCAGUCCUCCAGGGGGGGCUCUAUGGAGAAGUGGAGGCUGCAGUCUGGACAGAAGAGUUCCAGUGUGAAGGCAAUGAGUCUGCUCUGCUGGACUGUGAAGGGUCCGGCUCAGUGAGGGAGACCUGCUCACCAAAUAAAACUGUUGGACUCACCUGCUCAGAGGAUACCAGGUUGGUGGGAGAGCCCAGUCGCUGUGCUGGAUUUCUGGAGAUGAAGAACCAGGGCGAGUGGAGACCAGUGGCUGACUUGGAUUCUGCAUGGGACCAGAAGUCUGCAGCUGCAGUGUGUGCACAGCUGGUUUGUGGUUCUGCUGUUUCAACGAGUAUAUCAUUUGAUGAUUUUCCAUACAGACUUGUGUGGUGGAUCGAGUCUCCUUGUGUCCAGUCAGCAUCUGCACUGCAGGAGUGUCUAAGGGAGAUCGGUAUAGAUGAAUGCCAUACUGGCCUGAAAGUGAUAUGCUCAGGCCCUCCUCUCAAACGCUCUCUACAGCAGAUUUCCUGUACUGUUAACAAACCAUGA